UAAGGCGGCGGCCGGCCGGGCGGUGGGAGCGCGCGGGAGCGCACGGCGGGGCGCAGCAAACGCUGGGACGCGGCACACGGAGGACGCGGUCCGGCGCCCAUGGCGUUCGCGCUACUGCGCCCCGUCGGCGCGCACGUGCUGUACCCGGACGUGCGGCUGCUGAGCGAGGACGAGGAGAACCGCAGCGAGAGCGACGCCUCCGACCAGUCUUUCGGCUGCUGCGAGGGCCUGGAGGCGGCGCGGCGCGGCCCCGGCCCUGGGGGCGGGCGGCGGGCAGGGAGCGGUGCGGGCCCGGUGGUGGUCGUGCGACAGCGGCAGGCAGCCAACGCGCGGGAGAGGGACCGCACGCAGAGCGUGAAUACAGCCUUCACGGCGCUGCGCACACUCAUCCCCACCGAGCCGGUGGACCGCAAGCUGUCCAAAAUCGAGACGCUGCGCCUGGCGUCCAGCUACAUCGCGCACCUGGCCAACGUGCUGCUGCUGGGCGACGCGGCCGACGACGGGCAGCCGUGCUUCCGUGCGGCCGGCAGCGCCAAGAGUGCAGUCCCCGCCGUCCCCGACGGCGGCCGCCAGCCCCGCUCCAUCUGCACCUUCUGCCUCAGCAACCAGCGCAAGGGGGGUAGCCGUCGUGACCUGGGGGGCAGCUGCUUGAAGGUGAGGGGGGUGGCCCCCCUUCGAGUGCCAAGGAGAUGAACCCGGACUCCUCUGGCAUUUGUUCCAAGCAGGACCCUGAAGAAGGAGGCCAGAAGCCAGCCACUGGUUGAACAGGGGAGAAGACCCCCGGGGCCAAAUGCAGCCUUCCUUUGUAUAGGGACCAGAGGACAAUGGCCUGGGCCCAUGACCCUCUGGGCAGGCCCCCUGGGACAUCUCCACCCACCCCUGGAGAGCAGUGAGGACCCAGCCAGCCAGCCCCAGCCCUGGCUGGUCAGAGACAAGGCAGAACUUUCGAAAACACAAAGCUGUUAGUGACAGAGGAAGUGUGCAUGUCUGCAUGAGUGUGGGUGUGUGUGUGAAAGAGAGAGAGAGAAUUGAUGGGUUUAAAAUAAAAGAUAUUUUUAAUUAAAAGAUGUUCCAAGAUGAAGAAGGGAGGGUCUCAGGGACAUGAGAGGUCAGAGGUGGCCCUUCCCCUUGACUUUGGCAGAGACACAGAUGUCACAGGUGCUGCGUGGGACCCUGGAGGGGCUGCAGCUGGGGAAAGCAGGGUGGCACCCUCU